GAAGAAGAAUCCUUCAAAAAAACGUUCAAAAACAAAAACAAAAGAUUACCGCGAGACCGACAUCGAAAUUCACAAAAUAUGAAGCAGUUUUGUUUCUAAUACAAUAAUAAUUAUAAAUAAAAGUUGGUUAUAAUAACAAAAAUGAUUAUCGCUCUGCAAGCUUUGUAUCUGUUUCAAAAAUCUUUGAUAGCAGUGUUUGAACAAAUACUCGAGCCGUAUUUGAAGAAAAUUUUCUUUUACAAAUCAACAGAUGUUUAUUUGGAAGAAGAUAGUGAUGAUGAUGUAUACUCAGAAUACGAUGAGAACAAAGGAGUAGUAUUUUUUCCUCCCGUUUACGUGCAAAGAUAUGCAGCAGUGAGCGAUUGUUUGUUGGAUACAAGAUGGAGGGGUCAAUUGGAAAAGGUCAUAGAUUUUGGGUGUAAUGACAUGAGCUUCAUCAAAUAUCUAAAGAAUAUACCAGGUAUCACAGAGAUCUUAGGCGUUGACUUGGAACCAUUGCCCAUAACACUGGACCUCAAACAUGACAGGUACACCCAGAAGAGAGAAAACCCAUUGAAAAUAACAGUGUACCAAGGUAAUGCUGCUGAUCCAGAUCAUAGACUGCUAGGUAGCGAUGCGGUGGUCUCUAUAGAGAUGAUAGAGCACAUGCUUCCUCAUGACCUAGAGAGAUUUGUUCACAACAUAUUUGGUUUCAUCAAACCCUGGGUCGUUGUCAUCACAACUCCGAACGGGGAUUUCAAUGAGUUGUUCAAAGCUCUGGAGUCAAAUGGACUCAGAAGAUUAGAUCACUUUUUUGAAUGGAGCAGAGAACAGUUUCAUGAUUGGUGUAGCAACAUAGUGACUAGGUAUCCGGAAUAUUCUGUCAGCUGUAAAGGCAUAGGGCCAGGCCCACCGGGCACCUCACUCCUCGGCUGCUGCAGUCAGCUAGCUUUGUUUGUCGCAUCAAACUAUCAGAAGCAGACUGAACUAAGUCCAAAUAGCCUGGCUAUUGUUGAACGUGAAUCUAAUUCUGCCAUGAGUGAUUCUAUGGAUAGCUGGGACAUGACAGAAUCAAUAGAGACCAGUGUUCAAUCUUUAACGACUUACUGUGAGUGUGUGUCCUUUGUAAGUUCCACUCCGUCCUCACCUAUCCAACAUAAGAAUUUGCAAUGUGACGUUAAGGAGGAGUUUGAAAGAAACUACCUUAUGUUUGAAGAAGAUACAUUCUGUAUUCGCUUGGCCAGAGAAUGGUUUAUAAGUGUCUAUCAUAUCGAAAAUGUGUCGAACAGGUUAAAUUGUAUGAAUAACCAGGUUAAAAGAUUUUCAAAGACUACACACAAGUUGAUGGCCAAAAAUAAACCGGACACGUUGGCCAAUGCUAGGGAUCUUCUUGGAGAAAUUCGACACCUAUCCAAAAUGGCUACCCUGGAUACAGAAGAAACUAUUUGGAAGAAUAUUAACUGGGGAGAAGAUGCCCCAUACUGGAAUAAAUAUUACAAAAUUAUAAAGGAGUAUUCAUACCCAUUUGCGGCUAGAUCGGAAGAAACUAGAAUACUAGAAGCGAUAUCUGAAGAAAUAACCCGGUUAACCUACACGAGCGGCGAGGAUAGUUUCCUACAGGACGAUAAGAUUGAGAUACCUAUCGGGUACAUAAUGGGUCUCGUCUCUCAUAUUACCGAUGAUGAGUAUCAAGUUAGGGAACUUCUAGAAUGGAAUGGGUACGAAGUGGUCGAUGAUACUGUGGUGUACACAAAACUGGUAGAAAACGAACCGUUAGACUUACAGAAGGAUUGGAUAGAUGUCGCCUCGACCGAUUGGUCUUCCACCGAUUCUCAAUCAUUGGAAAUGUUACAAAAUCUCCCGGAACCCGAUUUGUUUGAGUAUGACUUGCUUACGUCUCUCGAUCAGAAGAUUCUAAGUCUUCAAAGGCUGAGUAAGCGUAAAGACAUAUCGUUUGAGCUCGAGCGACUGGUCUGCCGAGUGGUCGACUUGGUACAAGACGCCAGGAAUGGUGGGUUGCCACCGCUACCGAUGUUGCUUCACAAGUUGUACGAUUUGCUUCGUGUUACUGAGAAGGCUAUGAUGGAACAACGAAGGAAUUUCAUUGGUGAUUGCAAGAGAGCGAUAAAAUUCAACGAGAGAUAUAAGGAAGAUCUAAAUAUCAUAAUUUCUAUUGGAAUUGAGAAAACAUUUAAGGCAGAAACUAUUGUGGAAAGAUAUGAAAGCAUUGUGCUGGAUUCAUGUAGCGAUCAAAGUAUAGAAAAUCUGGAAUACGACUUUAUAGAUGAAUUUUCAAAUCGCGAGAUAACUCUUAAAAAUAUGCGUUUUGAUGAUACAGAUGCAGAUAAUAAAAUAAUUCUUCAAAGUUAUGAUAGCUUGAUUGAAGAAUAUGAGUUGAAGGAUGUUUAUUUUAAACAAACUGACAAAGCAGAUACUACUACGUGUAUAAGCACUCAGCAUAUUCUGUCAAAAAGUGACGAAAUUGCUAAAUGGAGAUGUAAUCAAAGUACCGAGUGUUUACAAAGGAAUAAUAAUGAUGAAGUCAUAGUUAUAAAAGCUAAGUCUAUGCGAAAAAGACAAAGUAAAUUCCGAGAACACAAGAAAAAGUUGAAACGCAAGGGAUAUGGAAAGAUUAAAAGACUUACAUCAUUCGCGCCUGGAUAUAUAAGUUACUUUAAGAAUGAAAGUAUUCGGAAUCAACAAAAAGUAAAAAUGCACAAAGAAGAAAAUUGUUAUGCUUCUAUGUGUAAGUCUAUUAGACCGAUACCGAUUAGCCUUAUGAACAUAUUUAAUUUGAGUCAAAAUGAGAUUGAAGUGAAUCAAGAAGGUUCCAUUGGUGACAUGGAUUUUUAUGAACAAGCGAGUUUUAUAACUAUUAAACAUAAAGAAGUUACUAACAUAAAAAGUACCGAUGCUGAACCAAAUGUCGACAAAUCUAAAAAUAAAAGUUUAGAGUUAACAGUAACUAAAAGUGUAUCUUGUCAUGAAGAAGCCUAUGUUAAAGAAAAGGUUGAAGUUCCGUCUGUCUUUUUCACGCAUGAUAUAGACGAACCAAGUACUUCGGAUGGUAUUCGGCACAUCAGUGCAGAUAUCCAGUGUGGGCCAGAUGAUGUGAUGGAUUUAUCAGAUGCUCGAUCAGCGUUAAACAUAACACCUAAGAUACAACAUACAGAACUCAAGAUCAAGGCAUCUAUUACUGAUUUCCAAAAUAUUAUAGGAACUAAUACAAGCAAAGAUACAUUCAAUGCUUGCGAAUCUUUAAGAAAAGAAUACGUUCUUGGACAUCAAAAUGACCAAGAAAUUAUAAAUCAUAAGCAACAACAAAAAUCUGAAUCCAUAGUCAUGUUUAAGAAGCAAAGUUUGGAAAAUAAUGGUACAACCACAAAGCUUUAUGCCAAUAAAGUUAGUAGUAAAAGGUCUUCUUUAAGCUAUGGUGGAAUUUACGUACACUGCUACAAAAAUAGAAAUUCCGAAGAUAUUGUCUAUCAAGGAAAAUGGCAGGAAGGAAUUUCAAAUAAUGUGGUCAAGAAAGCGCCCAUUGUUCAAUAUAGAAGAAGAAGGGAAAUUAUCGUAAAGAAAAAUAUUGUCGUUACUCAAAAUACGUUAAAUAAAUCUAAUCCGGCACUUAAUGUUAGAAGAGAAUCUAAAAGAAAAAUAUCUUACCGAAAAUCAGCACUUAUCAACGUUGCACAGAGAAAACCUGGAAAACAUAAUUGUCUAGAUAUCAGUGACAUUAAGAAAAAAAUUAGACAUGUCCGAUUAGUUAAACCAAGUAUAGGUAUGAAACCUUUGGAAACUUCUUCGCCCAUUACAAAAUUUCUCGAUACAAGCCAAAUUUUUGACAUAAAAAAUUAUAUUCCUGCAUAUUUAAAGAGGCGAAUCAACAAAUGUUCAAGUGAUAAAAAGUUAAAUCUUAAUUUAAAUAUUGUACUAAACACGUAUAAUGAAAGGAAACAAUUACACGAGUUACCGUUAAAAAGUUCUGGGAAAUCCCAAGCGGCUAAACGGAAUAGAUUUCCUACCUACCUCCGAAAAUUUCCUAUAUAUCAAGUUUAUAGAAACGAAAUCGAUAAAGACAAGUUGGAUGUUAAAGGAGUUGAAGAAGAAAAACUUAAGAAAUGUAUACCUGGAAGCAGUACAUACGUUCCUUGUUCGUCUUGUAGUAACAAUAACGUAUCGUUCUGUAUUAAAAAUAAAUGCACUGUCGAUUAUUCAUCCAAAAAAAGUUCGGAGAGCUAUAAACCUGGAAAUUACACAAAUAGGAUCAAACGAGUUCGGAAAUUAAACAGCAUCAAAAGCUUGGAAACGACCAAGGCCGAAAAUGUUAAAUCUCGCAGUAUGGAAACUGAAGCACCUCUUGGCGUAGACUUUGAUGUUGAGGCAACAGAAAUAUCAAAUGAUUUUAAUUUCUCCAAUACGAGACUUAUCAAAUUUAAAGAAGCUGAAAACGCUUGUAAGAGAUAUAAUAACCAAACAAUCGAAAUUGAUUCUGCCUUUGAUAAAACCGAAAGAAGUGAUGACGUACAAGAAGAUGCAGGUGAUUAUAUUGAAGAACAAGUAAGAUAUCUAAUUGAUAAAACGCUCAGUCACAUAACAAGGUGCUCAACUAUUGACAACAAAGAUGGGGCUUGCAAUAUAUAUCAAUUUCCAGACGAUAAAGAGUCUAUCAACUCUGAUUAUACUUCAACUUUGACUUUACCCACCGCAUCGAGUGCAAAAAAAGAGAUAUUUAUAGUCCAAAAUGAAAAUUCGUCGAAAGUGUCCAUAGAAUACUCGAAUAUAGAUUCUGGGGUUCAGGAUGUGGAGUUUUUGUCACCUAUUUCCGUCGCGUCUGCGACUACUUCAAAGUUUUCCGAAUAUUUGUCAGCUGACAAUGAAUUCGAAGAAUUAUCUUCGUUGAAUAGUAAUUCCAUUCUUUCAUUGCCGCAAUCCCCUGAUCUCAAGGAAAAUAUUAUAUCAAAAAUUGAAAACCCUUUGGUGCCAGUCGAUAUACUGAAGGCUGCUGAUGAAGAUAACCUCAUGGAUGUGAACAAUAUUUCAGAUACAAGAGUAGAGUUUGAGCGUGAUCCAGAAGUAUCCCAACGAUCAUCAGAAGACACCUACAUGUCCUGCUCUACGGAGGACGAUGUUCAUAUUUCGUACUGGUUGUUUGAGAGUGACUCCGAACUGGACCGUACAGUGACGUCACUUCCGGAAGAUGAUAUGAACGAGACGGAAGAUUCGGAGCAUGAGACAGAAGAUGAGACAGAAGACCAUAUAGCAGGGGGAAUCGGCGCCGGCGACGGGCGCGGUAUACACAGUGACGUGUCACAGGACACUUCGGGAAGAGGCACUUCGCUCAGCGGGACGACCUCCUUGGAGAGUGAGGAGCCACUAAGCAAUCGGUCAAGCGGGCAAUCUGAAUAUAACUUGGAGGCGCACCGCAAUCCGGAAAAUAGUGAACCUGCUAACGAGCAAGCUGUUACUUCUAAUGAUACACCCACCUCGCCCACACUACCAAUAAGUACGGAUGCAGAUGCGAGCUCGCUGGACAACGAGUAUGAAAUGGACUCGGAAACCUCCUACGGCAUUAUUUAA